AUGUAUCGUCGAUUAUCAACAUCUUCUACUUCUACUCUUCUUAAAUCUUAUUCAUUGCCAAUUAAUAGUAAAGAAUUAAAAUCAAAAUAUUUACCUAAACAUCGAUUGUCAUUAAUCAAUCAUGAAACAUCUAUUGAAAAAUUACAAUCGUCAUUAUUUCCAUCAGCUAAUAUUUAUAUAAAACGUGAUGAUCAACUUGAUUCAUAUGCAAGUGGAAAUAAAUUACGAAAACUUGAAUUUCUAUUUGCUGAUAUUCUAUCACGUUCACAAUGUCAGCAUAUAAUAACAGCUGGAUCAUUACAUAGUAAUCAUUGUAAAGCCGUUGCAGUUCUCGCUGCACGAUUUAAAAAACAAGCUCAUAUUUUACUUCGAACUGAUCGUGAUGAACACGAUGAACAAAUUUUACAAGGCAAUGUACUUUUAAAUUAUUUAUUAGGUAGUAAAUUAUAUUUAAUACCAAAAAAAGCUAAUAUUAAAGAUGGAAUUGAACCAAGAAUGAAACAAUUAGAAGAUAAAUUAGGUGGAAAAGAUAAAUGUUAUUCCAUUCCAAUAGGAGGAUCAGAUACAGUUGGUUUAUUUGGAUAUCUUGAUUGUUUUAUAAAUGAAAUUGUUCCAUUAAUUGAUAAAUAUAAUCUUGGUCAUCUUGUUCUACCAGUAAGUAGUGGUGGUACAAUGGAAGGACUUGUUCUUGGAAAUUAUUUUACUGGUAAUCGUUUACGUAUUCAUGCGUUUGCUGUAUCAGAUAAUCAAAAUUAUUUUAAAACUCAUUUUAAUACAAUACUUCAUCAAUUAGAACUUGAUCAUUUAAUAGAACAUAUUAAUAAUAAUAAUCUUGUUAAUAUUAUUGAUUCCUAUGUUGGUUUAGGUUAUGGUCGUAUGACAGAUGAACAAAUCAGUUUUUUACGUACUAUAAUAAGUGAAACAGGUAUUAUUUUUGAUCCGGUUUAUACAGGCAAAUGUUUAUGGGGUCUACAUGAAGAAUUACGAACUAAAAAAUUAGAUCAAUAUUCUAAUAAUAAUAAUAAAAAUAUCUUAUUUCUACAUACUGGUGGUUUACUUGGUCUUAUGAAUCCUGAUUAUGGGAAACAAUGGUUAUUAUCCAAUAAUAAUCAUAUUCAAAAUUGGAUGAAACUUUAA